UCUGCUCCUGGAUUUUUCCCUUGGACUCGGGACUCUUUGUUUACUCUAAAUCUUUAUUAUUUUUUACUUUGUUACCCGAAAAGCUGCAAAAUUUAUCAACGAAGACCAAAGCCCACAUUUUGUUUUUCACUCGUUUCCCUUUCCAUCCUAUCAGAAUUCAGAAAUCACCUUUUUCAUCGCUUUUUCUCAUUAAAAGAUUGUUUCUUUGAUAUUUCCAUCAGAAAAAGAUUGUUGCUUUGACAACGUUUGUAAUAGCUUAGGCUAUACAUGGCUUGCAUGAAGCUGGGAUCAAAAUCAGAAGUCUUUCAUCUCGAUGGCCAUACCUGGCUUUGCUCAACCGGGCUUCAAAGUGAUGUCAUUAUUGAAAUUGGGGAGAUGUCUUUCCAUCUUCACAAGUUUCCAUUGCUCUCCAGAAGUGAAGUACUAGAAAAUCUUAUUGGAGAGCAUACUAGCGAGGACGAGAAAAGGUGUGUUCUACAACUUCAUGAUGUACCUGGUGGAGCCAAAACCUUCUUGCUUGCUGCCAAAUUCUGCUAUGGUAUAAAAAUGGAACUCACUGCAUUGAAUGUAGUUAGUCUCAGAUGUGCCGCUGAGUAUCUUGGAAUGAGUGAAGACUAUGGGGAGGAAAACCUCAUCACACAAACAGAAAAUUUUCUCAAUGAAGUAUUUGGCAGCUGGACAGACUCCCUUAAAGCUCUUAAAACCUGCGAAGAGGUUCCUCUACUAGCAGAAGAGCUUCAUAUUGUUUCGAGAUGCAUUAAUUCCCUGGCAAUGAAAGCUUGCGCAGAUCCAAGUUUGUUCAGUUGGCCCAUGCAAGGUGGCAGCGACAAUAGGAACCCAGAUGGCACUGUAUUCUGGAAUGGAAUACGUACUUCAGCCACGCCGCAUCCUGUGGGUGAGGAUUGGUGGUAUGAGGAUGUUUCCUUGCUUAGACUACCUCUGUACAAAAGGCUAAUUCUGGCAGUUCGUUCAAAUGAUAUGAAGCCUAAGAGGGUUGCUGGGGCACUAAUGUACUAUGCAAAGAAGCAUCUCCCUUUGUUGGGUAGGAAAUCAAGCAUAGAGAGUGGAGACUAUGCUGCAUCUAGAUCAACUAUUUCUGCUACGUCUGAAGCAGAUCAAAGGAGUCUCCUUGAAGAAAUAGUGGAAUUGUUGCCUGAUCAAAAGGGUGUUACUCCAAGUAAUUUCCUGCUUAGGCUUCUGCGAACUGCCAUGAUAAUACAUGCGAGUCCAUCAUGCCGACAGAACUUAGAGAAACGGGUUGGAACCCAGUUGGAUGAAGCAUCUCUUCAAGACCUUCUGAUACCAAAUUCAGGCUACUCAGUGGAAACCCUUUAUGAUAUCGACUGUGUUCAGCGAAUUCUCGAUCAUUUCAUGCUGAUGGAUCGUGAUGAUCCCACAUCAAAUUACGUCCAACAUGGAGGGCAAAUAACUGAAAGUUCGCAUUCGCUCAUUCCAAUAACAAUGGUGGCAAAUCUGAUUGAUAGAUAUCUAGCAGAGGUAGCAUCUGAUGUUAAUUUGAAGUUAGCGAAGUUUCAGUCUCUUGCUGCUGCAGUCCCUGAUUAUGCCAGGCCAAUAGAUGAUGGAAUUUACCGAGCAAUUGAUAUAUAUCUUAAGGCUCAUCCAUGGCUAACAGAUUCUGAGAGGGAACAGCUUUGCAGGCUCAUGAACUGUCAAAAGUUUUCAUUGGAAGCCAGCACUCACGCAACCCAGAAUGAGAGGCUACCUCUUAGAGUCAUUGUCCAAGUUGUAUUCUUUGAACAACUACGGCUUCGCACCUCUGUUUCUGGCUGGUUCUUUGUCUCUGAAAACCUUGAUAACUCACAAAACCUAAGUGGGAAUCUUGCUCUUGCGAGAAAUGAUUUACAUCCUCAAGCAGGAGCCAUACAUGACCACAUCAUGGUAGAUGACAUGAAAGAACGAGUUUCCGAGCUUGAGAAAGAGUGUUUGAGCAUGAAACAAGAGAUUGAGAAGCUGGGAAAAACAAAGGUGUCGAGUUGGAACAUCUUGUUAAGAAAGUUUGGUUUUAGUCGAUCAAAGUUAAAAUAUGGGGAUCCAAAAGCAUCAAAACCAACGGAUACCAAAGAAUUACCAACGUCCUCAGCACCACUCAUAAUUGGAGGAGAAAAUCAGAAUAAUGAAUCAGUAAAAUGAACAUCAAACUCUCCGGAAAGAAAAAAAGAAGAAGACAUCUCCUUUCUUGAGUUUUGCUUAAGCUGUCUAGGUGUCGCUACUUGCUAUUUAGAAGUUGGUUUAACUUAUCCUGUGAUUAUAUUCGCAACUUAUAUUGUAGGACGUUCACAUUCUCUCGGAUUCAUUUUGAUCUUAUAAUUUUGGUUGCUUCCUUA